UGUUUAUGCCGUGCGAUUAGUGCACCCAAAUGAUGUUUACUUUGUUUUAAUUUGAGUUUUACUUUCACUUUUUUUUGCAGUUUUACAGUGGUUACAGUUCUGCUUGUUUAGGACGUUUUUUAAUACAGUUUGUUUUAUAAUUUUUUUGCUUUAAAACACACUUUUUCAAUCAUGGAGGAUUGGUCUGUAUCAAAGGGUGUCUUUGCCUACAGUAAAUAUAAAGUUGGGCAAAAAAGAAAGAGGAAUGAUAAAACUGAUCUUUAUGCUUACAAAAAAGAGCCCUCAUUUCUUGCAUUCAAGGAAACUUGGUCAACAAUUGAAAAUGCAGCUAAGAAUGCAAAUAUGAAGGCAUUUAGACAAAUCUUACUUGAUUUGGAAAAUUUUGUUAAAAAAGUAAAAACCUUACCAUUAUUAAAAGAUGAAAUACCCACUGGAAUAUUGCUAGCAGGAGUGAAUUUACCAGAUCAUGAUAUUCUAAUUGAUAAAGUAGUAUCAAAUUUGCAGUCCAUUUCUCCCUAUAUUGCUACAUUGUGGUCACGAGAUUGUCCAACACUGAAACAUCUAACUGAAAAGCUUGUUUAUCAAAUUAUUAAUGGAAAUGAAGAUGAGGAAGAAGAGGAAGAUACAGUGGUAAUCAAGAGAAAUCAGUGCACAUUUUAUGCUUUAGAGGCUUGGCAUAGAGAUAAACUUAGCCCAGAAACUCCAAUUGUUAUUAUUGUACCAGAUUUUGAAAGUUUUAUACCCAAAAUUUUGCAUGACUUCAUAUUAAUAUUGGGAUCCUAUGCCAAAAACAUCAAGUUUAUAUUGAUCUUUGGUGUAGCCACUACUUUGCAUAUUGUUCAUCGAUCACUUUCUUAUGAUGCCACUUCAAAAUUAAAAAUUCAAGUUUUUCGCACCCAAAGUCAAACAGAAUAUUUAUCUGAUAUUUUAGACGGAUUGAUAUGUUCUUCAAAUAUACCUUUUAAAGUAAUCGAUAAAGCUUAUUGCUUACUAGUUGAUCUAUUCCUAUAUUUUGAUUUCUCAGUUAAUGGAUUCCUCCAAAGUUAUAAAAUUUGUAUGUGGAGACACUUUUAUGGUCGCAAUGAAUUUAAAUUGUGCUGUCGCAGAGAAGACAUUUUAAAAAAAGUAGCGGAGUUGAAUAAUACAGAUAUUAUAAAAUUGAAAAAAUUACCCUCUCUUUCAGUGUAUACAAAACAAACGAAAAUUACCAAGGAAGAGUUUAAGAAAAUGAUAGUUCAGCUUUUAGAAGAGUUUCAUGAUUAUAUCAAUUCAUUUUUGGUUAUUCUUAAAUGCUUACAUAUAUUUACAGUUGAUAUGCCAAGUCGUCCUUUUGGAAAAAUGUUCAGAGAAAUUUAUGGUGAGGCUGCAAAAAAAACAAGCAUUGUUGAAUCUUCAGAUUACAAAGAGGCAAUGAAACUUAUGAGAAUGUGGUCAAAAGAAGAAUUGUUAGAACAUAUAAAAAAAGUUAUAUCAGCAUUACAAAAUUCGAAACCAAUUUUAAAUAACGUUAUUGAAAAACUUGAAGAAUAUUUCGAGCUUAUAAACAAUGCUGAUUUAAAAAUAAUCGAAUCCCAAGAGGAAGAAAAACCUAGUACUCCUAUCACAGGAAGACAACUUUGGAGAGACGAAUUGGCGAAAAAGGCUAAACAACACAGCCAAUCGCCUUACACUAAAGCUCUAAACGAAUUUGUCAAGUAUUUGGAUACCGAAGUAUUUCAUGUUUAUUUAAAGAGCCCUAGCGAAGUUCCAUUAAAUGAAAUAUUUUGCUAUGAUGAUGCAAAAACGAUUAAAGACUGUGUUAGAGGGUCUAUGAAAGGAGCGAUCCAUACUGCCUUAACUAGUCCAGAGGAAAUUCAUGAAGAGUUCCCAAACCCACCUGAUAUAUGUGUAGCCUACAAAUUGCAUCUUGAAAAUAGAAAAAUGAUCAACAUGUACGAUUGGCUACAGGCGUUCCGCACGAUGGUGGAUCCUAAAGAAAAUGAAGAAGAUGAAAAAGAAGACAUAGACCCAGUAUUACAAGCUCGUUUCACUCAGUCCGUAGCUGAGUUACAAUUUUUAGGUUUUAUCAAGGCAACGCAAAGAAAAACCGAUCACGUUAAACGUCUGAAUAUAUAAUGAAACUCAGUAAUUUUACCAAUAAUUCAAUAUUAGUCUUAAAUUUGAGAAUUAGAUGUAAAUACAAAGGUACAAUAAUUGCGCGAGCGAGUCAAUUACCACCGAAAAGUACAACGGCGUAUAAUAUGUAAAAAAAAUGUUGAAUGUUACAUAAUUGAUUCAAUGUAAUCGUCAGACGAUUGCCUGUAGAGAAUAUCUCAAGGUUGUUUUAUUUAUACGCAUUUUUUAACGUUAUUAUUUUUUAAAACAAUAAAAGUGGUCAGCAAAGUGACUACUCUGUUUCUCUGCUGCUGACCAUGAAAAACA